AUGCAAGAGCAGCAAUACCAACUUCACCACAUUCCAUUGAUGCAAGUCAAGAACAUGUGGAGAGUCCCAAGAGGAGAAGAUGAUUGGGCACUUGUAACCUUUGUUGGAGAACAAAAUCAAGACCCAAGAAAGUGUAAGAAGGCAAUGGAGAAGGUGAACAUCGAGCCAUGUGUGAAGAUGGACACCCAAACCCUUGAUCUUCUCAAGAUAAGAGAUGAUGUCACAUGGUACAUAAGGAAGCUAGGCUUGAGCAAGCUCUUCAAGCUAGAAUGUAGUGAGUACUCACAACUCACCAAGGAGUUCCUCUCCACAGUAGCUCUUGCCUUUCCCAACCACAAUGGAGACCAACCAGCUGGAAGGACUCCUACUCUUCAAGAUAGGCGAUGCCAAUGGGCGCAUCUCCAUCUCAGCUCUAUGCCAACUCUUUGGACUUCCCAAUGA